AUGAAGCCGUUGACUACUGCCUCCCUCUUGUCUGCACUUGCAGACGCGAGCCUCGCCUUUGGCUCUGGCCCAACCGCCAAUAGCUCGCUCUUGGAGCAAACUUACAUCUCCGUUGCCACGCUGCAGGGCGAGUUCUUUGAGCGCCAUCGGGGCACAUGGCCUCGUGCGAUUGACUGGACGGCGGCCUUUAUUCACACCUCCUUAUCCGCCACGACCAACUCGCUCUCUAAGGCCCUCGGCGAGUCCCAUGCCCGGGACGUUGAGACUGGCAUGGUUUGGAACAUGGUCGACACCUACUUUUCGCAAAUUGUGGGCUUCUACUUUGGCCAGGACUACAGGGCGAUCAAGCAUCAGGACUUGUGCAACGGCGGCAUGAAUUGGAAUCCCCGUCACUGGACCUACAAGAACGCCAUUACAAACGAGCUAUGGAUUGCGGCCUCGGCAAAAAUGUACCUGGAUUAUCCGGGAGAUGGGAUCGCAGGCACCUGGUCCGAGGAAAACCAUCAUGCCGGCCGGAACCGAACGUUCCUGGAGGCUGCCAUGAAGGGAUAUGAGUGGCUGAUGAAUGUCAACAUGACGAAUGAUGCCGGUCUUUUCGUCGACGGCUUUCACAUCUCUAAUCAGGACAAGAACAACACCAAGUGCGACGUGCGCGACGAAAUGGUCUUUACCUACAACCAAGGAGUCCUUCUCACGGGCCAGCGUGCUCUUUGGGAGGCCACCGGAGGUGUUGCAUUCCUCAAGGACGGCCACCACCUUAUCCAGUCCGUCAUCAAGGCGACCGGAUGGGAUCUCAAACAGGGCGGGCCAGCGUGUAAGCAAUAUGUGCCUUGGGUGGGCUACAAUGCCGAGGCGGCCCUGAGCACCCGCGAUGCGAAGGGGAUCAUUGGCAUGUGGGGGCCUCCCAAGGCGAUACCUGGGGUGGAGUUGGAUGGGGACACCGAGGGGACUGAUGAGCGGGUUGUUGACGCCACUGAUGCGCAGUAUCGCAUGGGCGGUGGCUCGUCCAAGAAACCCGGCUCCCGGGACCCCAACACGCGGGGUAGAGGUCGAACAGUAGAGACGCAUAACUCGGGCAUGGAGGUGGUGAGGGCAUGGUACGAACUUUCCAAGGCAUACAGCGACAAGGAGGCCAGUCGUGCAGCCGAGAAUGUGCUGGGUCCCGUCGCCAUGGUCCUGCUUGGCUUCCUCCGGUCCGUCUACGAUGUCUCGACAUUAGAUACGAGAUUUACGACGCCGUCUUCAGUGCCCUAUAAAACGGUGAUCGAAUCGCGGCACGACCCUCUCGCCAAGGAUUACACGGCCGGCGUCAAGGCCAAGGCGCAACGGUCGAAAUGGAAGACACCCGAACCGCUGCUAACGCUGGCGCAACAGGAUAACUCCGACAUGCAAUAUCGCACCUUCCGAAAGAACCUUCCCUUCAUGGCCCUGCUCCUCAUUUUCCACCCGCUUCUCCGCAAGGUUUGGAACCUCGUCUUCCCGGUCAAGGUGAACAAGUACGAGGGAAACCACAUUGCCGCCCAGGGUUCGGCACGUCUCAACCAACGCGCCUCGUUCGAUUUCGUCUUUGCCCUCCUCUUCCUCGUCGCGCUGCACGGCUUCUCCGCUAUCAAGGUGCUUGCGAUCCUUACCGCCAACUACCGACUCACGACCAUGCUCCCGCGAAAGUACGUCCCCGCUGCGACCUGGAUAUUCAACGUCGGCAUUCUGUUUGCCAACGAGCUAUGCGGCGGGUAUCCCUUCAAGAAGAUGGCGGCCUUCAUUACCCCGCCGUCAGGCGAUGUCGAUCUCGGCGCUGUCGACCCUUUCCUAGUCCGCUGGGGAACCUGGUUCGACAAGCGUAGCGGCCUUCUCACCCGUUGGGAGGUGCUCUUUAACAUUACCAUUCUGCGCCUCAUUAGCUUCAACUUGGAUAGAUAUUGGAGUCUGGAUGCUGGCCAGUCGAGCCCAAUUGAGCUAUUAGAGAGCAGAGCUGAUUUCCAAAAGAAGAAACAACUUGACCCUUCGAACCUGUCAGAGCGAGACCGGAUUUCCAUUCCCGCCGAACCUCGAGAUUAUUCGUACCGGAACUACGUCGCAUACGCGAUCUACGGCCCUCUCUACCUUGCCGGCCCGAUCCUCACCUUCAACGAGUACAUUUCCCAGUCCAAGUACCGCUCCGCCACGAUAGAAACGGGCCGGACCAUUCGUUACGCCUUCCGAUUCCUCGUCGUCCUCCUUACUAUGGAGCUGAUCCUACACUUUAUUUACGUCGGCGCCAUCAGCCUCGCGCUCUGGUCCCUGAUUGACGGCAUCGACCCCCGGAGAACAUGGUUCGCUGCCCUCAAAUCGGCCGUGCGCUCCAUCAUCACCUAUCUUCUCGUCUUCACCUUUGUCGCCUUGUGGCACGACAUCCAGCUGAGGCUGCUCAUCUGGGGCUGGCUCAUUGUCAUCUUCUUCCUCCCCGAGAUCCUCGCGUCUAAACUUUUCCCCGCAAGCAGGUUCGAGGGCCGUGAGAUGACGUACCGGAUGCUAUGCUGCGUCGGGGGUGUGCUCAAUGUGAUUAUGAUGAUGGCGGCGAACUUGGUUGGGUUUGCCGUGGGGUUGGAUGGCUUGAAAAGCAUCGUUUCUGGCAUUUUCCAGGAUCGACAUGGCUUCACCUUUUUCGUCACGGCUUGCAUCUCGCUUUUCGUCGGCAUUCAAAUCAUGUUUGAGAUUCGCGAGUCGGAGAAGCGAAAGGGGGUCAACCUCCGUUGUUAA